AUGUCUAAUAUUGGAACACAAGAAAAAGAGUUGUCAUCCCUUCCGGUAACAAAAGCAACAAAAACAGUACGAAUAGUUAUUAUAGCAUUAUUGCUAGAUCUCUUGGCCUUUACAAUUAUUCUGCCGCUAUUUCCUAGGCUAUUACAAGAUUAUCGAGAAAGAGAAGGAGAUGAAACGACUUUGUUAAGUUGGUCUCUUCAUCAAAUACAAAAUUUCAAACAAUUAAUUGGCGGUGAGAGUAAAAAUCCGAAAUGGGAUUUAGUACUUCUCGGUGGUGCUCUGGGUUCUUUAUAUUCAUUUUUACAGUUUGUGGCAUCUCCAUUUAUCGGUACUCUUUCUGAUAGAUAUGGAAGGCGAAAUACUUUAUUAGUGACUAUGAUCGGAAAUAUUCUUUCAACCCUUAUAUGGCUUUUUUCUAAAUCAUUUGGGUUGUUUGUAUUAUCUCGAAUUAUCGCUGGAUUAAGCGAAGGCAAUGUUCAAUUAUCAAUUGCAAUAAUCUCAGACGUUACUUCAAAAGAAUCAAGAUCUAAAGGAUUGGCAUUAGUAGGAAUAGCAUUUUCUAUCUCAUUCACAAUUGGACCUGCUAUAGGAGCAUUUUUUUCUUCCAAAGAUUUAUCACAAACAUUCCCUCAACUUGUUAAAUGGGGGUUAAAUCCUUAUUCUAUGUCUGCAUUAGUCGCACUAACUUUAUUGAGUAUAGAAACAUUAUAUUUAUAUUUAUUUUUACCUGAGACUGUAAACCAUUAUCACAGGUCUCAAAAUUUACAGCCUAGUGAUACUAAAUCAAAUUCAACAAUUUCAUAUCAACAAACAAAUACAGUAUCACAACGUCUUGCAAAUUUAAGGAAUUUAAAUUGGAUUCACUUUCUAUUUUUAUUUUUCUUUUCUGGGAUGGAAUUUACACUCACAUUUCUGACUUUUGAUCUAUUUAAUUUCACUAAUAUGCAAAAUGGAACAUUACUUGGAUAUAUUGGAAUAUUAUCAUCAAUCCUUCAAGGUGGAUAUGUUCGACGUAUGGCGCACAUAGUUGGUGAAAAGCGACUUGUUGUUCAAGGUGUAUUAUGUUGUGCAAUCUCUUUAGCUAUAAUUGCUGCAUUAACAAAGACUACAAAUGGAAUCAUGUGGCUUUAUGUUGGAGCUACUUUUUUAGCAUUCACAUCAGCAACGGUCGUAACUUGCUUAAAUUCUAUAGCAUCAAUGCAAUGUGAUGACUAUGAUGGUGAUGAACAAAACAUGGAAAGCUUAACCCGUAUAGCUAAGGGACAAACAUUAGGAAUGUACCGGUCAUUUGGUCAAUUAGGUCGUGCUGCAGGUCCAAUAAUGGCAUGUGGAUUAUAUUGGAUGGCAGGAUCAGAAAAAUGUUAUGGGUUGGGUGCUUUUUCAAUGUUAAUAAUAUUUGGUAUCGUGAUCGCUAAAGUUCCAUAUAUUCCUACCAAGAGACAAAAAUCAGAAUAA